UUAUCCAAGUAUCAGCCAUCUUCAACUUCAACACACAAAAAUCAAAGUUAGCGUAUCCCUUGCAUCAGAUUAAAGAGGAGAUGUCAAAAAUGAGUUUCCUCAAGUUUCAACAUGGUUUCUCAUGGAAGUCCUCCUCUUCCCAGCGAAAAAGCACACCCACCAUAAACAGCACCUUCAAGUCAUCAUCAACCCGACAGAUUUCCAAUUCUUCUUCGUCGGGAUGGAGCGCGCAGCCAAAGUCAGAGGAGCUAAGAUGGGUGUUUGCUAAAUAUGACACCAACAAGGACGGCAAAAUAACGCUGGAAGAGUACAAGGCUGCCUUAAAGGCAACAAAUAAGAGUAUUCCAAACGAAGAGGCGGAGAAAUCAUUUCAAGUGAUGGACUCUGAUGGAGAUGGUUUCAUCGACUUCAAGGAGUUCUUGGAAAUGUACAGUGGAGGAGGCAAAGUGAAGGAGAGUGAGCUGAGAAGUGCAUUUCAGGUAUUCGACUUGGAUGGGGAUGGGAAGAUCAGUGCAGAGGAGCUGUGUCGAGUUCUGAAAAGGCUGGGAGAAUCAAGCAGCAUGAGCGCCUGCAUCCAAAUGGUGAAGGGUGUAGAUGGAGAUGGCGAUGGCUAUAUAGAUUUUGAUGAGUUCACCAGAAUGAUGACCAGCGGCAAGAGGCUCAUCUAACUCAACCAGUGUCCUGUAUAUAUGCUCUGAGCACAUCAUCAUCUUGUUAAAUUUGCGUGUUCGUCCUUUUAGGACCUGUUUGGUUUGAAAGGAGGAGAGGGUAGGGAAGGGAG